UGUUCCACCCAAGUGGGCCCAUAAACAAAUAGGAAUCGACAGGGGUGGGCAAAUUUCACCAUUAAAAUAACUUCGGUCAUGGCGCUAAAUUUCUGAACUAUCACCUAUUGACAUAACCAUUACACGUUGAAAGGUGUUUGGUGGUAGGAGAUAUGGGUGGCAAUGGCAAUGGAAAGCCUCUUCAUGCUCUGGUUAUUCCAUACCCAACUCAGGGCCAUGUAACUCCCAUGAUGCAACUCUCAAAAACUCUGGCCGCAAAAGGUCUCAUUGUCACAUUUGUUACAACGUAUCAUAGGCAUGCUGAAAUCACUCAAGCAAAUUCCUGUUCAAGUGACCCUGUUCUAUUGGAAGCAAAUAAACUGGGUCUAGAUAUUCGUUCUGCUCAAAUCUCAGAUGGUUUGCCCCUAAAUUUUGACAGAUCUCUCAAAUUCUAUGAUUUUAUGCAAUCUGUUGAUAACAUGGGUGAAGCUCUAGAAGAGCUUAUGAAUGAUCUGAACAAGAAAGAGCCCCCCAUAUCCUGUGUUAUAGCUGAUACAAUUCUUUUCUGGUCACUAGAUGUGACCAAGAGAUUUGGGAUUCCCUGGAUUUCCUUUUGGACACAGCCUGUGGCUGUCUACUCAAUCUACCACAACUUUCAUCUGCUGAGGUCUCAUGGUCAUUACCCUCCUAAGGGCAUUGAGGAGUUGGAUGAUUACAUUGAUUAUAUCCCUGGAGUUCCAAAUAUACAAUGUAAAGACCUUCCAUCAUUUCUACAGCUUCAAGACCCCAAUUCAGAUUAUGUGCUUGACAUGCUCUUGAAGUCAUAUCAAUCAGCUCGUCGAGCAGACUGGGUUCUCUGCAAUUCUUUCUACGAGCUUGAAGCAGAGGCAAUAAAAGCAAUGGAUGCAGAAACUCCAGUUAUGACUGUGGGUCCUCUACUUCCAAGCAGUUAUCUAGACAGCCAUAAUCCCAAGGACAUAACAGUGGGGACAAGCUUCUUGACUGAAUAUCAGCCCUCAGAAUGGCUUGACUCUAAACCUUCUGAAUCAGUCAUAUAUGUUUCCUUUGGUAGUUUAGUUCAUGUAUCCAAAACUCAGAUAGAAGAGAUAGCCAUGGGACUGAAAGAAAGUGGGCAGCCUUUCCUGUGGGUGCUUCGUCCAGAUAUAAUAUCUUCUGAGAUCUCCACCUGCCUACCAGAUGGCUUCAUGGAGACCUGCAAAAGCCAGGGGCUGGUUGUUCCAUGGUUGCCUCAGCUACAGGUAUUAUCACACCCAUCAAUAGGUGGCUUCUUCACACAUUGUGGAUGGAACUCUGUUACUGAAUCCAUAGCUCUGGGUGUUCCAAUGUUGGGUUUUCCUCUCUGGACAGAACAGUAUACCAACUGCAAGCUCAUGGUAGAUGAAUGGAAAAUCGGGCUAAGAUUGAGAGGUGGUCAUAGAGAUGAUAAGGUGAUUCACAGAGAAGAAAUAUCAAGGGCUAUAAGAACAUUGGUGGCAAGUGAAGAAGGAAAGGAGAUGAAGAACCGGAUCAUGGCAUUAAGAGAUAGUGCAAGGAGUGCUAUGGAGGCAGGAGGAUCUUCUCAAAACAAUAUAGAGGCUUUCAUUGAAGAUUUAAAGUUCACUGUCCAUGUAGGAAAUGGAAGCCAGACUAAUUGAUUUUUUAGCAAUACCUUUUGCACAAUAUUUUUUUUGUUAAAACUGUCCAUUUACAGUAAAUUAUUAAGGUGUUUCACUCAUAAAACUACAGAGUUGAUAAAGAGGCACAUAUUUUCUUAAUAGUGUGAGUAUAUAAAGUGGUUGGCAUUGCUAUGAUUGGCAAGAUUGUGAAGCUAACAAUUCUAUAGAUCCAAUUAAGAUAAUACUUGAGCUGUAAUGAUAUUUAAAAAUAGUGGUAGUCAAAGUGGUUAUUGUAUUAAUGUGAAAAGAAUUUACAUAUUUAAUAUCUAAGCUUUUUCUUAAGUUUCGAUGUU